AUGGAACAACCCCCCCAGCUCAUCCGCAUCGCCAACAUCUCGGGGCGGUACCUCGUCUUCGACCCGGAUGCCGUGAGCGCGCUCCGCCGCAGGGCAAACACCAACGGCACGCUCGUGGGCACCACGCCGCAGCAGCCGACGCAGAACAUCUUCCUGGGCCUGCCCAUCGAGCUGCGGCCCGAGGAGGUGGACGCGCUGCUCGCCGCGGGCGUCGCGUACGUCGUAGAUGACGUGGCCGCGCACCGGUCCGCGCUGCUGUCGCUGGGGCCCGACGAGCGGAGGGCGUACAUUGGCUCGCUGCGGUCGCGGAAGCUGGCCGCGCACAAGGUCUUUGCCGAGAUGACUGCCCAGAAGGCUUCCAUAGCGGCUACCAAGGCCGAGAAGAAGAAGCUGCGUGAUUCUUCCGGGAAGUCGGAUGGCAGCAGCAGCAGCAGCAGCCUCUACUCUCGCAAUAGCCAAGUGACUUCGUUGGGCGUCACGCCGACUUCCAGCGUCGACUAUGUCUCCCCAGACGCUCACGCGUUGCCUGUGGUGCCCCGUGACUCGGAGAAAGGGUCGCUGUGCCAGUUCAUGCUGGGCAACGGAUACUACAUGACCCCCGGCCUGCGGUUCGGGGCCCGCUACAGCGUCUACCCCGGUGAUCCCCUGCGUUUCCAUGCUCACUUCAUGGCGAACGAGUAUGGCUGGGAGGAAGAGAUACCCAUCCUUGACAUCGUAGGCGGCGGCAGACUGGCGACAGCUGUAAAGAAGGCCUUUCUCAUAGGCGGUCGUGAGCCGUCCUCCACCACCACCACCACAAGGCCAGAUGCGGCCCUCCCUGCUGUGAGAAGUUUCAGCAUAGAGUGGGCCGGCAUGUAG